UGCCCAGGGCGGACGCACGUGACCUGCGGUUGCCGCCACGUGACCGGCGGUGACCCCACGUGUCCCUGGCUGGGCCCGGCCAUGGCGGGCGCGGUGGCGGCCGCGGGCUCCGUGGAGCAGUUCCAGAAGCUGCUGCAGCGCCCGGACAGGUCCCUGGUGGUGGUGCACUUCUGGGCGCCAUGGGCUCCGCAGUGCGCGCAGAUGAACGAGGUGAUGGCAGCGCUGGCGCGGGAGCACAGCCAGGUCACCUUCGUGCAGCUGGAAGCUGAGGCCGUGCCUGAAGUGUCUGAAAAAUAUGGAAUUAGUUCUGUUCCAACGUUCUUGUUCUUUAAGAAUUCCCAGAAGGUGGACCGCCUGGAAGUACCCUGGAGAAGCCGGCCGGCCGAAUGCUGUUGGCGGCAGCCCCGACGAGCUGUGGGGCGCUUUGCCCCUGCCCAGGAGCAGCUGCACGCCCGCCUCAGGGGGCUCAUCAACGCUGCCCCCUGCAUGCUCUUCAUGAAGGGCUCUCCCAAGGAGCCACCCCUGCCUAUCCCAUGGAAUUCCCCUGCAGGCUUCAGCAGGCAGAUAGUGGAGAUCCUGCAGAAGCACGGCGUGGCCUUCAGCAGCUUUGACAUCUUCUCUGACGAGGAGGUGCGCCAGGGGCUCAAAGCCUUCUCCAACUGGCCAACCUACCCCCAGCUCUACGUCAAGGGGGAGCUCAUCGGGGGCCUGGACAUCGUCAAGGAGCUCGAGGCAUCAGGAGAGCUGGACUCAGUCUGCCCAAAGGGCCAGAAGCUGGAGGACAGGCUUAAAUCCUUGAUAAACAAAGCUCCUGUGAUGCUCUUCAUGAAGGGAAACAAACAGAUGGCAAAAUGUGGCUUCAGCAAGCAAAUCAUAGAAAUCAUGAACAACACUGGCGUGGAUUACGAGACCUUUGACAUCCUGCAGGAUGAGGAGGUGCGCCAGGGGCUGAAAUCCUUCUCCAACUGGCCCACGUACCCCCAGCUCUACGUCAAGGGGGAGCUGGUGGGAGGGCUGGACAUUGUCAAGGAGCUGAAGGAAAGUGGGGAGCUGCUGCCUGUGCUGAAGGGGGAGAAUUGAUGGGGAGGACAUGAGUGGGAAGAGAAAUUCCCUGGAACAGCCUGGAACACUUAGAGAUUCUCCUGGAGCAAUAGCCAACUGCGCCCUGAGGAGCAUCAGGAGGGGAAGCAGACAGGAAAUAAACACAAAUAUUCUCUCUAUGAAAAUGAUUUCACUGGGGACACAAAAAGGUCAAUUAAAGUUCAGUGCU